GGGGCGGUGCCUCCGCCAAGGGGCUCGGGCCGCUCGGAGCCGCUGCCGUCGCAGCCACAAACGUCGCCAUGCCGGUGGACCUGGCUAAGUGGGACGGGCCGCUGAGCCUCUCCGAGGUGGAGCAGAAGCCAGCGCACCCGCUCAGGGUCAAGUAUGGCUCCGUGGAGAUCGACGAGCUGGGCAAGGUGCUCACGCCCACUCAGGUCCAGCAUCGCCCCACCAGCAUCGAGUGGGACGGCUGCGAUCCCCAGAAGCUUUACACCCUGGUUCUCACGGACCCUGAUGCGCCCAGUCGGAAGGACCCGAAGUUCAGGGAGUGGCAUCACUUCCUGGUGACCAACAUGAAGGGCAACAACGUGGGCAGCGGGACCGUCAUGUCGGAUUACGUUGGCUCCGGGCCUCCCAAGGGAACAGGGCUGCACCGCUACGUGUGGCUGGUGUACGAGCAGCCGCAGCAGCUGGCCUGCAGCGAGCCCGUGCUCUCCAACCGCUCCGGGGACAAGCGCGGCAAGUUCAAGGUGGCCGCGUUCCGCAGCAAGUACGGGCUGGGGGCGCCCGUGGCGGGCACCUGCUACCAGGCCGAGUGGGACGAUUACGUGCCCAAGCUCUACGAGCAGCUCUCGGGGAAGUAGGGCCAGGGCCCGCGGUGGGGCUGGGCACGGCGCUCCAGUUGUGUUCUGUUAAUGAGUUGCAGCCAAGUGUCCUGCUCUGACAAUGUCACUGUCACUGUCCCUGCUCUGUCCCUGUGCUGAUGCUCGUGGUAUCCUAGCUAGAGAGCUGCCCCUGGCUCCAAACUGACCUGCUUAAGGGAAACAGUAGCCUUUGUGAAUUAGUGUCAGUUCAGGGGGUCUCUGCUGUCCUGGCAUGGCUUGAGGUGGCAGGGGUGUGGGUGCACAACCACUCUGGGGCAGGUGCUGGCUGUGGAGACUCCCUUUCCCAAGAGAGGACAGGGCAGUCCAAGGGAAACUUCUCCCUUUUUUCUUUUUUUUUCUUUCUCCCUCUCCUACAUUUGGCCAGUGCCUCCACAUCACCACUACAGUAGUGAAGGUGCAGCUCGAGGGGAGGCAGGAGCUGGCCUAGAGCGUUUCCUUCUGUUCUCUGCUGCCACCCAAAGCUGAGACCACUUUGUUCUGUUCAGUCCUGUGGUGCCCUGCCCUGUGCUCACAGUGCAAUUAAAAACUUCCAAGGUA